AGGGCGUUUGUUGUACGCUCCAACCGAUCUCAGUGGCCUGGGUAUCCAAAACAUUCGAUAAACUUCAGCGAGGUAAAUCUCAAAUACCAUCGCAUCGGCUGAAGAUCGUCAAUUUUUUCGAAAUAAUUACCGUAAGAACUGUCAAAUUUCAUAACAUUGAAUGAGAAAGUGAUUGUGGAGUGUUUGUGAUUGAGGUUGUUUAUUGUUUUGGGUUUUAAGUUUCGUAUUUUUGCUGUGAUUUGGAUUUUCUUGUGGCGGAGGACUGCUUUGAAGGUGUUACACGAGGAACAAAUCUGCUUCAGAUGUGCACGAUACAUCUGCAUUAUUUUUAACGUUGAUAACUGUUUCUGGACGACCCGGUAAUGAGGUUAAGUUAGCUGGGAGUAUGGGAACGCCGGGAUGGGCAUGUGCACAAACCCAAAGGGCAAGUCUCGUCCAUUGACCACAGCAACGGUACCGGUGCAAGCUCAACGAUCCUUUACCCUCUACACUGUUUUAACUGCCUUAUUCACUUUCGUCUUAUUACAAACAGUUCACUGUAUGCAAGAUGCAGUGCACAUCACAGCAAUACUCGGUGAGUCGGUGGUAUUCAACUGCCACGUGGAGUUCCCUGAGGGACACCCCGUGCCGUAUGUGUUACAAUGGGAGAAGAAGGUAGGCGAAACGGGGCAGGACAUACCGAUCUACAUCUGGUAUGAGAGCUAUCCGACCCACAGCGGAGAAGGAUACGAGGGAAGAGUGUCCAGAGUAUCGCCCGAUUCGCCAUAUGGAGCUGCCUCCCUUAACCUCACCAAUAUUAGAGAAUCUGACCAAGGAUGGUAUGAAUGCAAAGUGGUGUUCCUCAACCGUCCCCCCAACCAGCCGAAGAACGGAACCUGGUUCCACCUGGAUGUGCACGCGCCCCCCAGGUUCGUUGUGACCCCCGAAGAUAUAAUCUACGUUAACCUGGGGGACGCGAUCAUUCUGAACUGUCAGGCCGAAGGAACGCCCACUCCAGAGAUCCUUUGGUAUAAAGAUGCUAACCCUGUUGAUCCUUCUUCCACUAUAGGUAUUUUUAAUGAUGGAACAGAGCUGCGAAUAUCAAACAUCCGACAUGAAGAUAUAGGCGACUAUACCUGCAUUGCUAGAAAUGGUGAAGGCCAAAUUUCACAUACUGCUCGAGUCAUCAUAGCUGGGGGAGCAGUGAUUAUGGUCCCUCCGACGAAUCAAACGAAACUGGAAGGAGAAAAAGUCCAGUUCAAUUGCGAAGCAAAGGCCCAGCCAGGCAACGUCACCGUGAAGUGGUUCCGUGAAGGGGCGCCGGUCAAAGAGCUGGCUUCUUUGGAGACGAGGGUGACCAUCAAACGGGACGGUUCAUUAGUCAUAAACCCGGUCAGCUCCGAUGACUCUGGUCAAUAUCUGUGCGAAGUCAGUAAUGGGAUCGGGGAGCCGCAAUCCGCAUCAGCCUAUCUUAAUGUUGAGUAUCCAGCAAAAGUAACUUUCACACCAACGAUACAGUAUCUACCGUUUCGUCUAGCGGGUGUAGUACAAUGUUAUAUAAAAGCCAAUCCUCCUCUGCAGUACGUUACGUGGACAAAAGACAAGCGCCUGUUGGAGCCCUAUCAGACCAAAGACAUCGUCAUAAUGAACAACGGUUCGCUGCUUUUUACUAGGGUAAACGAAAACCAUCAGGGUCGGUAUACAUGCACACCAUACAACGCACAAGGUACCCAAGGAAGUUCGGGUCAAAUGGAAGUUUUGGUUAGAAAACCUCCCACAUUCACCAUAGAACCGGAAACUAUGUAUCAGAGGAAGGUUGGAGAAUCCGUGGAUAUGCCUUGUGACGCCGUAGAAGCUGAAGGUACUCAAAAACCUGGCAUACAGUGGCAGAGGAGAGACGGUACACCUCUGCCAAAGAACCGCGUAAAGCUUGUAGGAGGAAAUUUGACUAUAGAAUCGAUUCGUCGUUUAGAUUUCGGAUUUUAUCAAUGCGUUGCCACCAACGAAGUAGCUACAAUUCUUACGGGAACGCAAUUAGUAGUUGAAGGAACACAACCCCAUGCCCCAUACAACCUCACCGGGAGUUCUACGGAGUUUUCGGUGACUCUCAGCUGGCUGCCAGGCUACAGCGGUGGUCCGGACUACAAGCAGGAGUACACCAUGUGGUACCGGGAAGCGGGCACGUCGGACUGGUCCACUAUUCCGGUCACGCCUCCGGGUUCCACUAUCGUCACUAUCAGUAGGUUAGCUCCAGGCACCAUGUAUGAGUUUCAGGUCAUCGGGAAGAACGCCUUGGGAGACGGGAUGAUGAGCAAAAUCAUCUCUGUUAGGACAGUGGAAGUCGGACAACAGAAACCCAUAAAAAUCACACCCACACCCUUUAUGACACCCAACGAUGAUGCGGGACCAAAACCAGGCGUACCUCGGAACCUGACGGUGAACGAGAUCAGCAACGGGUUCCUCAUCACGUGGAUGCCACCGAUCGAGAGAGCCGAGCUGAUCGAGCAGUACGUCAUCAAAUACAAAACCGACGGACCCUGGAAGACGUUGAACAAAGCUCAAAUUAGACCCGAAGAUACCCAUUACUUAGUUAAAAAUUUAGUAGGUGGACGCACUUACUACUUCCGCAUCCUGGCGUACUCCGGCAAGAGCUACGAGACCAGCGAACAGGUAAAGUUCUCGGUGCCGGCGCGCGUCAAGCACAAAGCCCUCACCGCCGGCGUCGUCGGCGGCAUCCUCUUCUUCAUCGUCGCCAUCACUCUGUCCGUUUGCGCUGUCAAAAUAUGUAACAAACGGAAACGACGGAAACAAGAAAAAGCUUACAAUAUGGUAGCAUGUCGAAUAACGGAUUCCAGAAAUGGAGGAAACGCCACAGAGAGUCAAGUGCCUUUGAAAAAACUUAGAAAGGGCCGAAUACCAGGUUUGAGGGUUCUCGCAUUCAUUGCCAAUUGGAUAUGGCCCAAAGAUCGCUGCCGUUCCGGUAGUCUGUCGAGCCUCACCUGGCAUCCAGACUACCUCCAUCCAGGAUCCCCCUCCAAAUCCCUGGCCCGCAUAUCCAGGGCUGCAGACGGCCGGUUCGUCUUAGUUGAUUCCGUACUGAGUCUACGCGCAGAGAGCUCUUCUAACAUUUCCAGCAGUGAUGACGGAGGGUUUCUACCAAAACGAGGCGCUAAAAACAGAGCUUCGUGGCGCAGACCGCUUGUGGGCUAUCCCAGUGAACUCAGCUUAAGAUCCGACGCAUCAGGACAAUCAGCGUCGGGGUUUCCAUCCUUCUUCAUGGGAACGAGAUACCAACAACCUGCUUUGAAACCAAUUCAGACUAUAUACAGUCCGCAAACUCCUCAGUUUAUGUCAAGUAGCCCAGCUACGUCUAGCGGACUACUGUUAUCCCCGUGGACACCAAUGUACUUCAGUGACUUAAGCUCGGUUAGGUAUACUAGUUCCGGAGAGCGAUCUUAUCCAACACCACCAGGUUUCAUGCAGUUAAAAUCAGUCCACGAACGCUACUCACAAGAAUUGCCUCCUCUAAAAGCUAUUCACGAGGAGCAUCAAGGGUUUAUCCCUGUACAUCCCAUCAGGGACAGUCCUAGAGCCAUACCACAACAUCGGCUUAUAAGAGGUUCCAGGUUCCUGCCCCCAAGACAUGCAAGAAUAGCUCGUAGCGCUCCAGAGCUGGACCACCUGGACAGAUCGCCCGAAAGUAGAUCUAGUUCUAGCGGUUUUGGUAGCAAAAAUACCUCACAGCAGAAUCAGAGUUCCCAUAGUGGUAGCACCUUCAUGAGUUGGGGCCUACCUCCGUACAGACCCCCUCCGCCAGUGCCAUCCAUGCUGCCUCCACCCCCUCCUUCGCUCGUAGGCCACUGGUUAGACAUCGCUAGUUCUUCCCCCUCUGCUUCAGACCACAUCCACAAAGCCGUUGACGUCGGAAGCGUCGAUGGUCACUACGAGUUUGACCCCAGCACGCCGACUCCCACUCCCUCCACGCCGACAGGUUCCAGAGACAUAGACUUAGACACCUCCGGGCCAGGACCACCCAUGCGGAAGAGCUACGGAAUCAUCCGAAGUAGGUACGACAACAUCGACGCGAGAGUUCAAGCCAUGAAAGAAGAGUUCAACGAGUUCAGAAAGAGGCAAGCCAACAGGAAACGCAGCCAGGAGUUGGAGAGUGUCUGUUGAUAUCCAUUUUCGUGAGUGCGCGAUUCCCAUUGAUCUAUCCUGUACCCCAUUCGCAGAUCUAGUGAUUACUGUUAUGGCUUUUAUCUCAAUAUUUCAGUUGAAAAUUAGGCACAAUCAUAUUUAAAAAAUACAGUUUCCAGCUGAUAAACUAAGUUUGAUUACAUCUUAGUUAAAAAUAUAAUCAUCAGAUCCACACAGUGAUUUCACUUUAUUCACAACACAUUAUAUAUUUUCGGAAUGACAAUUUCAUCAUCAGUGAUGCUUACAAGCUAUACAUGCUUGAGCCACUAGAAAUAUCUGGGUGAAAACCAGGUAGAUUUACCCUCAGGGCUAGCAACCCUGAGUUGUAUGUUGCUGUGAUCUAAACUCAAGGAAAACUUCAUGUAUAAAUAAAGUUGGUAAAUAUUAAUUAACAACAAUCACUAGACCUACUCAGUGGCGCACAGAAUUGAUUUUCUAUUCCUCAAAAACUUAUUUUUGUCGAUUUGAGUGUGAUAUCGUAACCUCUACAAGCAAAACGAAGCAUGUUCUAAAUCUUUUAAUAAAUUUGAAAAAAAAGAACCAAAUCAGACGUUAUAAGAUCAAAUUAACUAUUAAGAAGAUUGUAAGGUACUUUUAAAUUAUGAAAACACUUGUAAUAGGUAAUUUCUAAAGUAGGUUUAAGUAUGAAGCUCAAUAUUUGGAUUGUGACUGGAAGCUAAUAUUCUAUCUUCAUUUGAGCCCCGCGUAUGUUUCUCUUUGUCUAUAUUUAACUAUUUGUUGCACCUAAAUUGGAUUAUGAUACUGGGUAUAAUCUUUAUUAUUAACCCAUUAAAAUCGGAGUUUUUUUUGCAAGAAACAAAAGUAAAUUAUUCAUAUCAAUUGAUUUGAAAAGUAUUAAUUAAGAAUUUUUAAAUAAAAAUUAUAAUUUCUGUUUAUUUUACACAAAAAAACGUGUUUACAAAAAAGUAAUCAAAUCGAAAUUGUUGAUUUCUUUGACGACUGGUGUUGCGUUUACGUAACGCCAAAUGCGGGCAACCAGUAAUGUUGCUUCGUGUAUAUGAUGUUGCACUAACUGGCUAAAUGCGUUAGAAAAGAUCACGAGAAUUUCGAAAAUUUCUAAUAAAGAAGCGUAAUGCUAAAUAUAUUCUUUUCAUGCUACAUACUCAUGUUAAACAAGGAGUCUAUAAGCUUUUGUGGGGACGCAGUGAAAAGAGCGUCAACUUACUGAGUGUAAAAACUCAGUGGUCGUGAGUUCAAUUCUUGGCGGGAAGGGAAUUUUGAUUUAAAUUUUUUUUUUGUCAGAACCGUACUCUCCCAAGGCACCACAGUUGUUUGGAUAUAAGAAGCGAUUUUGUGUAACUAUACCUAAACAAUGUAUAAUAAGUCGAGCUUCUCAGUACCCACGAGAAAAAAGGCUUUUGUAAAUUGUAAAUCUACUACUAUAACUGUAAAAAUCUAAGACGACUUUUAUGAAAAUGAAGACAUUUAUUUGCAAUAAUCAUAUCAGUUUAGAACUAAGACAAAGAAUGGUUAAGUGCUAUGGUUGUUCUGUAUUUUUGUAUGAUGCAGAAAUGUGUGGAUACUAAAAUUAUCGACCCAUAAACAAAAUUGAAGCAUUGGAAAUCUAGAUUAUAGAUGGAUGUUGAAGAUACCUUUCACACCAAGAAAAACUAAUAAGGAAAUACUAAGAAGAGUCAAAAAAGAUUGAAAACUGCCAAAAACUGUUAACACCGGAAAAGUCUUGUCUGGGACAUAUGAAGGGUACACGGGCCAAACCGGCUAAGUCCAUUUUUGUAGAAAUUGCAUUUUUUACGUCAUCUUGUAGUAAAUUCCAGUUUGCAUCUUCUGAAACCUUUAAACAAGGCAAUAACAAGACAAGUCACGAGAAAAAGCCCAUAAAUAUAUGCCUAUACACGAGAAAAAUAAGUCAAGUCCAUGUAUAACGCAAGUCAUAAUAACGCAACAUAAACAGAAUGUUAUUUUAUUUUCUUAAUCCGGAGAAUUAACAAAUUACUAUAAAGCAUUUGUUUUUUUAUUGAACAGGGGAAAAAGCGGCUAAGUCACUACCCUUUAAGGUACAAUGCUGGAUUCCCAGGGCUGAACUUAUUAUAGCAAAGUUAAACUAUUCGCAGAAUAUGAAAAAUAUACCUUAUACAGUUUUUCUUUGUUGGAAAUAUUUUUUUUUGUAAGCAUUUAUUACCAAUUAGAAUUACAUAUUCUAUGAGUUAAUUUGAUGACAAAAACAAUAACUUAUAUCAACUAUAGUAUUGUACACUAAUAUGGCGUUAUGAGGUACAUCACCCAGCGGUUUCACCUCAGUUUCAGCGAAGAUCUAUGGGCCAUAAAAUCUUCUGUUGUUUAGUGGCUGCAGUAGUGGUAAUAUUAAUUGGUUGGGGUGGCCUUCCAAUUUCUCGUGGUGUCUGUUGGCUCUUCCUUGAAUUGCUGUGCUGACUAACGGGAUGUUUAGGUCUCUAUGAAGGGUAUAGUUGGAAACGUACCACGGGACAUUUGCGAUGGUACGUAGAAUUUUUGAUUGAGUUCUUUGGAUAAUUUUUGUAUUUGAUUUGCUGGCACAACUCCAUAGUUCUAUACCGUACGUCCUUAUAGGUUUGAUGACUGUUUUAUAAAUGAGCAGUUUGUUCUCAAUUGAGAGUCGAGAUUUUCGACCUAUAAGCCAAUUAAUUUCUUUCACUCUCAACUCAAUUUGUUGCUUCUUUAAAAUGUGUUGUUUCCAGUUUAAUUUAGAAUCAAGAUGAAGCCCCAGGUAUUUGACGAUAUUCAGGCUAAUAUUUGGGCAUUGGUCUUUCCUUAGUGUGAAAGAUAUGUGUUGACUUAGUUUUAUUAGCUUUUAUCUUCCAUUUCUUUAACCACUGUCCAAUUUGGUAUAGGUGUUCUUGAAGUUUUAAUACUGCAGCUGUUAGAUCCUCUUCAAUUGCAAAUAUUGCUGUGUCAUCAGCGAAAGUUCCAAUGGUGGUUUGUGGAGAGGUUGGUAAAUCGGAUGUGUACAGUACAUAAAGAAGUGGACCCAUUAUACUACCUUGUGGGACUCCUGAUUGAAUUUUGUUACGGUUUGAUAGUUCAUCCUCCACUUUAGUUUCAAUUUCUCUGUAAUUUAGAAAUCUAAGACUCAAGCUAGCGACAAACAUAACACGGACUAACAAUUAAAAAAUUCAAUAACUCAAAAUUGUUAUUCUGUGACUUAGCCGGUUUUUUCCGUGUACCCUUCAUAUAGUAAGGGAAAAUCGAUAUAAAAUACUGCAACUGAUCCUUAAUGGCAAAAUGGAGGCUCGGAGAAAUGUAGGAAGAAAACAAGUUUAUUGGUUAAAAAACAUUCAUGAACGGACUCAUAUAUCAAAUGCAGGACAAUAAUUAUUCCAGGUUGUAGAAGGUCGAAAAGUCUUCGCAAUGCUGAUUGCCAACGUCGUAUAGUUCUGAUAGGGCCCAUAAAGAAGAAGAAACUGUAAAUCAGUGCUAUAUUCAACAGGUAACAUCCACAUAUCAAAUAUUUUAAAAAUAAGGGAACUUUUUAUUCAGAGCUGGUGCUUAUGUGACGUCAUGAUUACUAUGAUACGCUAUAAUUACAACAAAAAUUAUUUUAUAUUUAUCCCACUUUAUUUAGUGUUCUCCUUCUCAUGGGCAUCUUUUAGUGCGUCACAGUUUUUCGAUUUCUUUCUAACGCAUUAAGUUGGAAGUGACAGAAAAAAAGGUACGCCCGUGAUUAAAAUCAUUUAUAACAUUUAUUCUAGUUGUUGAUAGAUGGCGCAAUAAUCGAACAAAAAAUUAUGUAUGUAUUAUACAGGGUGUCCAGAAACUCUACCGACAAACGAAGACAGGAGAUUCCUCAGAUAAUUUUAAGACAAUUUAACCCAAUUCACCUAGUCCGAAAAUGCUUUCUAAGGGAGCUAGAGCUCUUGGAAGAUGGCGUCAUGUAAUUAGUUUUUCUUAAAUACCUCCAGAACGUUUCUAUUUAGAAAAACGAAAAUUGGUAUGCUUAUUUACUUUCCAGAAAUGAAUCGAUUCAAUCCAUUGUGAAUUUCUAGUACCGGUCAUAGGCGUCCGUUUUGGGUAGGGCAAUGGUUAUUUUAUCGCCUAACUUUUUUGUAUUUAAUUUUUAAGCAUUUUUGACUCUGAAUUAUUAAAUUGUGAGGUAUUCUAGUACUAAAAGGUACUCUUACUUUAAGUCGAUAGAAUACACCGUUUUCUAGAAAAAUCGAUUUGAAAAUUUUUCGUUCUUUGAAUUAAAAAAAAAAAGAUUAAAAAAAAAACUAUUUAGAAAGUACAUUUAUUUAUAUUCCAGAGAUUAAUCGAUUUCAUUGUUGGCGAAUUUCUAGAAACGGUCAUAGGCGUCCGUUUUGGGUAGGUCAACAGUUAUUUUAUAGCAUAACUUUAUUGUCUUUAAUUUUUAAGUAUUUUUGACACUAGAUCAUUCAAUUAUGAGAUAUUCGAGUACUAAAAGUUACUCUUGCUUUAAGUUGGUAAAAUACAUCGUUUUUUUUUUAUUUUUUUCAAUUUUUUUUUUCAAAUUCCCAAAACUAAAAACAUUCAAAUCGAUUUUUCUAGAAAACGGUGUAUCCUACCGACUUAAAGUAAGAGUACCUUUUAGUACUAGAAUACCUCACAAUUUAAUAAUCCAGUAUUAAAAAUGCUUAAAAGUUGAAGACAAAAAAGUUAUGCGAUAAAAUAACCGUUGUUCUACCCAAAACGGACGCCUAUGACCGGUACUAGAAAUUCGCAAUGGAUGGAAUCGAUUCAUUUAUGGAAAGUAAAUAUGUAUACAAAUUUUCGUUUUUCUAGAUAGAAGCGUUCUGGAGGUAUUUAAGAAAAACUAAUUACAUGGCGCCAUCUUCAAAGAGCUCUAGCUCCCUUAGGAAGCAUUUUCGGACUAGGUGAAUUGGGUUAAAUUGUCUUAAAAUUAUCUGAGCAAUCUCCUGUCUUCGUUUGUCGGUAGAGUUUCUGGACACCCUGUAUAUACGACUAUAAUCUGUACAAUUUAUAAAACUAUACAAAUCAAAGAACAUACCUUUUUAUAAAUGAAAUAAACACAAUUGAUUUGUUUUUAUACCACAUUACGAUUACGAUUCUGACAACUGUCAGUUUUAAUUAAAAUGUCAUGCUAUUAUAUGAUUCUCUACAUUCUUAAAAUCAUAUAUUACAUCAUUAACGACACACUGAAAGACUGAGAAGAACUUUAAAUUAUAGUCGUAUAUAUAUUAUGUAAUAGGUAAAUAAUCAGUAAAUAGGUAAACCUUAGGCCGGUCGUCCAUUGGAAGCGUAGUCGCGCGACUCGUAGGUAGCGCGUAUACGUCCGUGUAAGUAGGGCUUACAAUACCGGAAUUCCGGGAUACCGAAUACCGGGAUCCCGGACGAUUUUUGUCCGGUAUUCGAUACCGGUAUUUAUAAUAAAAUACCGGUAGUUCGGUAUUAGCUUAAUUUAUAAAAAGUGAAUUGCUGCACAAUAAAAUUUCUUCUAAGAUAUUUUUUGCUAUUACAAGAAAUUAUUUUUGAAGAUAAACAACCAAUAUCAUUGUAAUAAAUAUUUAUUAAACACAUUUAUUACACAUACAAGUCAAGUAUAGCGCUUUAUAAAAGCGUGAAUGUCGUUAAUUUAAGGCGAAGGGUUGUAUCAGCUUCUACAACCAAAUUAUUAAAUCUCGUCUAUACAAAUACAUAAAAUGAGUUAUAUAAAAAUUCUUAAAUCUUUAAAAUUAGACUACUUUAUUUUAUAAAUAAGCCGUAAGAUAUAUUAAUCAGAAUUGUUUUUACAUUUUCAGAUCUAUUUUUCAUUUUUUUGUGUAUUGUGGUGUAUAAAUUGGACUCACUUAUUUUCUGAAUUAUUAAUAAUAAUUGAAAAUAUAUAAAUAUAGCGGUCUAAAUACAGAGUAAUCCAUAUAAAAUAUUAGUCAUAGUAAGUUAAACUUUGUAUUAAUAUAUUUUAAAGUUAAAUUAAUUUACAAAUAGCAAAUUACAUAAGUAAAAGUACUAUCCUAUUAUAUGCAAAAUUUAUCCUAGAAUCAAAUAUACCUAUAGUUUUUCUAUUUGCACAUUUUUUGUAUCUAUCUAUUCCUACUCUCUAUGUAAUGUUAUAAACAACAUCUACUCAAUUUAAAACAAAAUUUAAUAGGUUUCAUACAUUAUUAAAUAACAAGUCGAUACAACAACUGAGGAUAGUAUAAAUAUAACGUGUAUAUUUUUAUUCAUAAUACCGGUUUUAAUACCGGAAUCCCGGUAUUUGAAAUUUUAAAUACCAAAUACCGGUAUUGAGAUUUUGGCUCGGUAUUGUAAGCCCUACGUGUAAGUGCGAUCAUGCGACUGAGCGACUGGUAUCAUCCACUGCAGGCGACUGUAUACUACUUAGUUCGCGACUGUCGAACUGACUGUCAUCAUCAAAAGAAAGUGUAUUUUUGUGAAUAGCGUGUAAAAUAUACAUAGAAAGGAUAGUUUGAAAGGAAUAAGUUAUUACACAAAUAUGUAUGUUAUUUAUUAACAACUUUAAAAAGGUUUGUACCUUUGUACAAUGGCCUCCCCUUUAACGGGAAGCGACUCUUCCAUAUAUUGUUGGCGAUUCAAAUUUACACGAAAUAUUGACUAUACUUUAUCAGUAUUUAAUUACAUUUUUCGCCAAAUUAUUAAAAAACUUUAAGUAAUUUGUUAAUAAAAAUAAUUUAAAGAUUUAGGUAUGUAACUUUGAAUUUACAGUGGAACCCCGUUAACUCGGAUUAAUCGGGACCGCGGCCGAUCCGGGUUAUCGAAAAUCCGGGUUAGCCGGAGAAAAUGGUAAAAAUUAAUAUAAUAUGGUAUGCUUACAGAUAAACUCCGUUAUAAUUGUCACACAGACACUGGUAAACCACGUUCGCGUUACGCACAAAACCACACAUACAAAGCGUGCGUCGUCGAGAGUCUCAUUUUAAUCUUUGCACCGAUUGUCCAAACUGUCUUUUGUUAUCAUUUUGAAACAAAAUUCUUCGAUUUUAGUUCUAUUUUUCUUCCAAUCCGAUACUGUAGAUGUACCGACACCAAAUAUGAUGCUGCAAUAUUCGCCUUUAUCAAUUCUACUUUAAUGCUUCUAGUUUCUUUUCCAUUGUCACUACAACAUUUUACGUUUUGUUGCCCUUACUUAGACAAAAAACACGCAAACACAAAAUCUGAAUAGAUUUACGAACGAUUACAGAACGGAAGCGAACAAUACGACUUUACUACACACAAUACCGUCUCUGAUGUUAUGUUAUUUAAUAAGAGUGAUGACUAAGGCCAUUGUUAAAAAAGAAUUUUAAUAGUCUUUUAGUUUUUUCUAAACAAUGCUAAGGCAGUUUCAAAUAAAUAAAGGAUACUACAGGUGCCUGUUGUUUUCGAUAACACGACAAUGAAUGUGGUGUGCCAUGAGUCAUUUUUACUAUGGUAUAUGUAGUUCAAAUUACACAAAUACCCAUUAUCUCUCAAAUAUUAUAUUACAUACAUUUUUAUUGUUGAAAUGUUUCAUAAAAAUCGGUCCGGGUUAGCCGGAGUUCCGGGUUAUCGGGGGCCGACUUAUCAGGGUUUUCCACUGUACUUGGUUUAGAUGUAAGACGUUUAUUAUUGUAAAAAUUUUAAAUAAAAAUUCUUUCAAAAAUUUGUUAAUCCUAAAACUAUAAGAAGUAUUCACUUCUGUUGGCACUCUGCAAGUGCCACGCUCUAUUUUUUUAUUUUUCGUUUACAUUGUAAUUAUAUAUUAUAAAAUAAUAAUAUUAAAAAACUCUCAUCACUAGCACCUACUUCUUCUGCAACUUUCGACCACAAUUUCCUUUGAACAUCACGUGAACGAUAUAUCUUGUCUUUCAUGUUCCACAUCGGAGACUUUUCAUAAACGGCACUAAUCAGUUUUUCGUUAUCAAUUGCCAUAUCGAAAAUAACACAAUUAUCGAAAAUUAAUAUAAUAUCAAAAAUACCUGCACAGAUAUUUAUUACAAACCAUUGUAGCAUCAACAUGCGAUUACCAGCGACUAAUCCCAUUCUAGGGGGAUCGGUCGCCAGUCGCCUGUGGUCGGCCGAGCCCGGUCGCUCAAAGUCGUUUGCAGCGGAUGUUGUUUACUUACAUUUUAUUUGUUAGGAUUAGUCGCUUCUAUACGGGCGUAUACGCGCUACCUUCGAGUCGCGCGACUACGUUUCCAAUGGACGACCGGCCUAAAUCUUUUUUUUUCGACUCUAGCGCUAUCUAUCAAGAACUGGAAUAACUGUUAUACAUAUGUAUGUAUCACGGACGUGCCUUUUUUUCUGUCACUUGCGUCACACUGAAAAAGCCUCUGACAAGAACCAUAUCAUGUUUUAACUGAUUUUUUAAUUGCAAAAAUGAACAAAUGAUUUAAGUAUGAACAAAGAGAAUGGAUGUAUUUUCUUUUAAGCAAACGUAUUAUUUCACAAAGUACUUUUAUAUUUUUUACUUUCUAGAAAAGCCAAAAAAUUUUUUGCCAUAUGAUCCCAUUAUAAAUGACUGGUUAAUAGGUGGACAUAUACCCAACUCAAUUUUAUCUUUUAUUCAGUUGAUAUAUAUGUUUUGUUUCAAUUUCCUGUUGGACAUAUUUUCUGUCUGGCAUAUCUGUGGUUGUAUCACGAGGACCAUCCUGCUCUAGUUUUUAAAAAUGUACUGAGGCUAUGUGACCAUCAAUAUUACUCAGUUGUUGAAACAUUAACAUUAUAUUAACAUAUUUUGGCCUUUUUGUAAUUAUCGAAACACUAAAGUAUAUUUUUUUAAUUUCGAUCAUUUAUAUACCUGGGGUGUCAAAAAUCUAAUAUAAACCAUUAAAGUAGUUCUUUGUUGCGUCCAAAAUCAAAACUUGAGAUUGGGUGCGUUCGGACGACCAUAGCGGCUGGCUGUCAGCAGAAAUUGGCUAAUUGGUUGUAUCCAGCCGUGAUAGGGAAAGCUUAGUAAAUCUCUCAGCGGUUGACUUCCAGCGGUGACGUCUGACAGCUACUGCUGGCUCAGCUGUCCAGCCGCUGUGGUCGUCCGAACGCACCCGUUAACUUGAAUUCAAAUAAAGUAUGUUUGAAAGAUUUCAGAAUUGACAGCUGUAAAACGUCACCAAGUGACUUGACAAACAUAUAUUAGAACUUUGUUCUUUUGAAUAGGUUCAGAAAUAGAUUGAAGAAAAGUUUGCAGUUGACAGUUGCCAUAAUAUGUGACCAGUUACUUUAAAAGAAUCUGAACCUCUAGAAACACAUUUUUUCUUGGGAAGGAGCAUCGGAGAAAAGAUUUCUUCUAACAAUUAUCUUAUGUUUCAAGAGAAAAUGAUUUAAAUAAUAAUAAAUAUAAUAAUAAAUAUUUUUAUAGAUAUAAUAACAAGUAGAUUAGGCCAGUUCCGAAAAAUAGCGUAACGCGGAGCAGUUCGGGUCGGUGGUCUAUCUAUCUCUCUCUACCGGCGCUUAGCUUUCUCUCUCUAGCAUAUUAUGGCCGCCGCCUCUGUGUUUGUGUCGUUCCAUUUACUCCCACCUCUUGGUAGAUGCGCUCACACUCGCACGACAGACAAAGAUAGCUAGACCACCGUACUUGAUAUUAGCGUUACACCCCGAUGCAUUGAGUGGCAUAUAAUAACUAGCCUGGUCUAUUGUUAACGUGUCUCUGCAUAUUUUACAGUUUAUAGGAUUGACAGCUGUCAAAUGUCGUUAAGUGUAGUAACCAGAGACAUGUUAACAAUAGACCAGGCUAGGGAUAUGCCACUCAAUGCAUCGGGGUGUAACGCCAUUAUCAAGUACGGUGGUUUAGCUAUCUUUGUCUGUCGUAUGAGUGUGAGCGUAUCUACCAAGAGGUGGGAGUAACGGAACGAUACAGACACAGAGGCAGCGGCCAUCAUAUGCUAGAGAGAGAAAGCUAAGCGCCGGUAGAGAGAGAUAGAUAGACCACCGACCCGAACUGCUCCGCGUUACGCUAUUUUUCGGACCUGGCCUAAUCUACCUGUUAUUAUAACUAUAAUAGUAACAGAAGGACAGCUUUUUCUGUUUUAAACGUUAGUUUUAAAUAAACUUGAUUUGACAGCACUUCAGAGUUGACAGUUGUCAAAUUUUAUCAAAUCACGUAGGUACCGAACAACUAACUAAACACGUUUUUUCUUUUCCAAAUAAGAUAAUAUUGAAGAAAUGCUUUCAUCCACAACAAACAGAUCCAUUUUUUUACUGAUUGAAUUUUGACACACCCAGUUUUUUGCCUUAUCUGUCGAUCGUGGCUCCGAAAUGUAGCACGAGAUGCCACGUGGAUGAAUUUGAUUCUAAAAAAAGUUAAAUUCGUAUGAAUGUGUGUAGUAUUACGUAUGGUUGGUUCUAACAAUUAUAUAAGGGUGUUUUAUCAGCACCGGGGGUUUUUUCUUCCAGUACAAAUCCAUAUUUUCACAAAGUACACGUUCUGACGUGUUCGAAGGAGUGGUAGAUGGCAUGGGGAAUGAAGAAGUCUUUCUUGAAGUUGAUACGGCACGAUAUAUGUGAUAAAUACGAUAUUUUUGUAAACACCUUUGUGUAUAAAUAAAAACGUAGUUUCCUUUUGACUUGAAUUCAUUCCAAUUGUCCCCAUUAUUAAUGUAAUAUACAAGUUAACGAAUCAGAAAAAUAGAUUUUUAAAUUAUAUAUCUUAUUCGUUUGUUUAAUUCUUAGGAUUUUGUAUCACACGGUUACAGAAGUAACAACUUCAAAGCUCAUUCUUUCCAUGUGCCCUUACCACUCUUUUUCAAUAAAUUCUAACGCUUUAGCGCGGUCUCCCAGACCGUGAUCACCGGCAUUGGUGUAACCGAAAGGGGUAAUCGCCUAGAUUCUUGUGUUCGCUUGCCAUUAUUUAUUAUUUAGUCCCCCCUGUCCCCUACUCGAGAUUACUUCGAUUACGCCAUUGUUCAACAAGAGAGGCUGUUGCGUUUUUGUAAUAUUAGAUGUUUAGGGUCACAUAAUAUAGAUCCGCCUGUUAGGGGCGCAUUAGGGCUCCGGUAUGACGAGCCGAUGCAGAGUAGUUGGAUGCUGCAAUCUGGAGAGGAUUCGAUUGUUUGACUUUAAAACUCUAAAAACUUUGGUAGAAACUAGGGCAAUUCCUCUAGAAGACUUUAAAGCGUUAUAUCCCAAAUGUAAAAGGAAUGACAAGAACGAGAAUUUGGGUAGUAGAGAUGUCAAUAAUGAAGUGAAAAUCCAAGACAUAGUAACAUGUGAUAAAAUAAAACGAAAAAUAGGUAAAUAACUUCAUAAAACCAAAUCUCCAGAGUCUAUAACACUCGUCAUACUCAUAUACUGAAGAGACAUAACAUCAGCAAUAGUGAAAUAUCCUUUUGUGUCGCAGCUUCCAACUACACUGCAACUCUCACUUUCCUUUUUAAUUUAAUAUUAUACUAACUAAUACCAAACAAACUAAAUGGUGGUCGGUCUAAGUGCAAUAAUAUUUACUAUGCUCUUUUGAGCUUCGAGAUAUUGAGAUGUUGGUGAAAGAUCUUCUCCUGAUUUAGACGAUUCGGUAUUUUUGAUUUUUUGGACGUCGGGAUACUACUCGAUAUCUAUUAAUUUGUAUAUAACUGUGAUACUCUAGAAGUAGAUGCCACAUAUUUAUUAAAAAGAAGAAGAAGUUCGAUAUCUGAGGUGUAUAAUAUACUCCCCGCAGCCUAGUUUGUUUGGUAAACUCCGGUCUCUAUGUUUUCGUUGAGGGACAUGUACUAAUGGACAGAUCUGUGAAAAUUUUCUUGAAAUUUUAAUUUAUAUGAUGGCCAACCAUGCUUUGUAGUGAUUAGUUCUGCAAUUUCUAAAACAGUUGUCAGUUCUGAUGACAUUUCGGUAAGUGUAAACCAUCCUCAUUAGGAAUUUUGAUUUCAUUAACAAACACCAAGCCAAUAUUGAAAGCAAAUAUUAAACCAAUGAUAAAUCGGUAGAACAUGGCGCUACAAGCACGAAAACAAAGAUUUAGGACCGAAAUAUCCAAGAUCUUUCACAUAAGUAAUUUCCAUAAGUCAUUGACUACAAUAAAUUAAUAUAAAUGCUCUAAUAUGCUCAAAGAAUGUUGUUUUCAGCAGAAGUCUUAAAAAUUCUUUGUGUUUACUGCAUUACUGAUCAACAUAGCAGGUAUUAUAUAACAAAAUAUUGUAUAUAACAAAAAUAAUAGAGUAGAUUAGACCAUAAGACUCUUAAUUUCAGGGUCGUAAAUUCAACCCCACGUUGGGCGCCAAUGUGUAACAUUGUGUAUAGGAAGGUAUGGAAAAUCAAAUACAAUUUUCUUCCUCUUGUCUACCUGUAACAUGUAUAAAAAGUAUGCAAAGGAUUUUUUUAUUUUGCUAACUAUUUGUGUCACAUAUUUCUGGUUAUGAAUAACAACAUCAAGAGUUAAUGAAAAACUGUUUAAAAAAUAGAGAUUUCACUGAUGGUGACAAAUACCGAAAAGUUUUCUUAACCUUUAGUCAACAAUUUGAGAAAUUUUUUUACUAAUCACGCAUACACGGCUGCCACAUAAAAAUGUACAGAUCUCAUAGUAGAUUUAUUUUUUUUUAUAUAUUUCCUUCGCAGAUCUGUCCCCAAUAUUAUGAUAAGUUUCGAGAUUUAAUGACUAAAUCAAAUACUUCUGUAUUUAUUCAAUGAAUAAUAUAUUUUACUUAUUAAAGUUUUAUUUUGUUAAGAGAUGUUUUACAAAUUUCUUGUUGUAGUGAUAUCUGAGUUAGUACAAUUUGAAUAUUUUAUUUUAUAGUUCUGGGGACCUGAUAUUAUUCGGAGCAUUGUCUUAAGAAAACCUAAAAUAUACAUAAUAUAUACCUACACCGCAAAUCCCACGGUAUCAAAACAGAUAAGGAACAAGGAUAGAAGUUCUUAGAAGGACAAUUUGUUUGAAAAAUAAUGUCUUAAGAUACUAUAAACUAAUUUGAAAAAGGUGAUAUACAGACCAGCAGACCAUUAUUUCUAAUCUAAUUAGAUGCCGUACAAGAUAUGGUUAUUUAUUUGUUUCAUAUUGCUAGUAAAUACCAAACCUUCUUUCAUAAAGCCUGUGUGGUUUAUGCUACCAUGUUAUACAAAGGAUGCAGCCAUUACUGAACAUCCUCAAGUUUCAGUCCGUCAAUUUCCAAAUCUAUUCAGUGUUUUUUGCAACGGUGUCCAACAUUUGAGGUUAGGUUAGGUUUUGUUUAAUGUGAGCUAAGCUUCCACUCGGCCUAAGAGGUCUAUUGUGGCUCAUCCCUAGGUUAAAGUUGUUCCUUCAGCCCAGCAUCUUUAACAAAUAGUAGUAGGUAUGUCCUUUGGUGACACUUCUACGAAAUCGUGAGGCUCGAGUUUACAAAGGCCAAAUGUAUUGAGCCGUAUCUUAUGCAAUCUAGGAAGUUGCACAAAAAGUGGUCCACCGUCUCGUCUUUAAUAUGAGAAAAUCUCUUAUGUGUACUUUCUGUCAGUUAGUUUCUAUUCAUGGUCAUUAAUUCUUAUAAUACGUAUCUAAAAACUACUUAGGAGAUUCUUAGCAGAAUUCUAGCAAUUAUUAGUCUAUAAUCUUAAUAUAAUAUUAAUAUAUAUUAACUUAUUAAUUUAAUAAUGCACCAAAAAACUGCUAACAUUCCUUAUUUUUGUCCAGUGGCGUGCAAACAUUCCUGGUCCUACGCCUGGAUACAAAUUCUUAAAAAAAUUAUAUAGACUGAUCUUUCUUGUUAUUGUUCUGAAUCGAUAGUCUAGUCGAUAUUACUCAGUUUUGCUACCACAUGGUGAGAAAAGCCAAAAUUCAUGAAAAAGUGGCAUUCCUUGUUUUUCCCCUGUACUCUUCAUUUGGUACCAUUUCCCACUCUAGAUAAUUUUUUAAUAUCUCUCCUGAUUUUGUUCCGGAAUAACCUCGCUUUGCUUCCUGGCGGCUUAUCUACAUUACCUACCUUUGUCUCCUUCUCCAUUUAUAUAUGUAAAUGAAAGAUGUUCAAAUAUGAUCUCCAAGGAGGUCUCUGAGGUAGGUAGAUGACAUCGCUCCUGCUAUGUUUAACGAUGCUUGUCGUUGGAGCUUACUGAGCCUCUUGUGGUCUUUUGUUGCCAUUUAGACCACCGUACGAGUGCUCUAUGCCUAAUCGUAGGUCUGUCUAUAGCCACAUAGAGCCAAUACAUCUGUCUGUGUAUAUAUCCCAUGAUUUUCCACAUAGCGUCCGACAUGUUCAAAGGAAAAACUUCGAUUUAUUGGACAUUCUAUCCAGGUGGGCGUUGACUUAUAGCCUUUAUUACUUGAAGGACGCGGUAUACUCUGAUUUUUGUGACAAUAUUCAAAAAAUUUCUUAAUAGAUAAAGUCUAACUGAACAAAAACGGUAUGUUGUAUAGAAAAAUUAAGAUAUCAUCAAGGGACAAAAAAACAACAACUCUUAAAAACGUCCUCCAAAUGAUAUCCGGUCUUCAUCUACGAUUUUUAAUUAAUUGACUGAUUUAAAUACUCUUUAAGCAUUUGGCUAGUGUAGGUUCCAAUUUUUGAGCCUUUUGAAGAAGCGACACUAAUGUUCAGUAUUGAUUAACACACAAAAAUAAGAUUCAUGUAAUUGUUCAUUUUGUUUGAUAAGACUAACUCGUAUAUAGUAAUUUAUUGUAGGUUCUUCAGAGGCUCAAAAUUUGUACUAGCUCACAAACGAGUACUUUAGGUGAUAAUUGGAGGCCCAAAAGCAUUGCAGUACAGAUUUGCUAGAAUAUUUGGCAAAGGGUAUAUUUAAGACUUUAAGAUACUGCCGCUAUCUUGAGUUUUGUUAAAUGGCAACAUAGUCAAGGUCUUUGUCACAGAAAAUCUUAUUUCUUUGCCUUUCUCGAAUUUCUCCCGUAAAGGUGUAAUUAAGGCCUAAUUGCCAUACUAAUAGGGUUUUGCUGUCAUAUAUUGCUUGAAUUUUAUUGUUAAAGUACAUCAUUCAAAAUUGUGCCGGUACAGGAUACACUAACAGCGCUUUCACACAUUAAGAAUUUGAAACGUGCGUGGGUUACAACGCACGAUGACAUUCCAAUUGUGGCUCGUGUAAUCAUAUGAAACCUUUCUCAUAACACCGAACGUUCCAACCGCCGUAUAAUGAGAAAGGUUCCAUAUGAUUACACGAGCCACCAUUGGAAUCUCAUCGUGCGUUCUAACCCGCGCAGUAACGUCAUCAAAAAGCUGAUUGGUCACAGAGUAAAUACCUCGAUGCCACAUUUUCUGCAACUCUAUGUCGUUAUGUAAGCAUAAUACCGUAUAGAAAUAUUCCGUGAGAUGCUUUUGGGCCUUCGAUAAAAUGUUAAAAUUCCAAAAUACAAAAAAAUUCUUGCCAAUGAUAUUUAUUACUGAUAAAUAAGGACGGAGACAUUUUUAAUAAAAUUUUGCAUGUUCACUAGGCACCAGAUCUUUUCUAAAAGUUGACGGAAUAAGAAUAAAACUACCUGUAUAUUGAUUAUAUCAUUUCACAAAGCACACUGACGAUUUAGUUGUAGAAUUUUUAGUUGUAAGUGUUAAGUAGAAAAACUGACAGUUGUUACUGUGUAACUACGCUGUAUAAAGCAUCACAUCUAAAUAAAAUACAAUAAAAUGUUGCCAGAUCUCAAAA